UAAGAAGAACCCAAUAACAAAUUGGAGCAAUAGAAGAAUUGUUCAAACACUCACUAGGAAUAGAAACCCAGAUGCGGCCGACGAGGAACAGAAUAACAGGGGAAGAUUCCGAUUUGGUGUUGAGAAGGGAUGCUCUGUUUCCCGACGUCGCCUCUCCUUUUCGCGAGGCGAAGAGUGAAGUUGAUGGUGGUGAAGCAGAUUCCUCUCUGUCAAAGGCUAGAACCCUCCAACAUAGUGCAAGGAAGUUGAUGGUGGCGGCCGGCGACGGAUUUGAUGGCAGUAGGAGGUCCUCACGAGGCCGCUAGCGGCGUGGACGAUGAUGGCGGCGAGGAGUCUCUGUUUCGUUUAGGUUUGCCAAAGACGAAGAGACGGCGACUACACGAGGUGAAGGGCUGAAGGCUAGGGUUGCUCUCAAAAGUCAAAACGACAGUGUGAUGCUUGAUAAGCUUCCGGGUUUUGCGGGUUGUUUUCGGUUUUGCGGGUUUUAGUAAUUCGAAACCGAUGCACUACAUAUCGGGUUGAACCCGAUAAAACUCGAAACCGGCA